GAAAACUGGCCGUCGGCGGCGUCGGGAGGCGUAGGCGGAGCCACCGCUUCGAGAGACGUCUUCUUUCUCGUGUCUCUCGACUCUCCACUUUCAUCCUAGGUUGACGGCUAUAAUGGAAGUCCUGAGAAAAUUCGUGCAAAGUGAGUUGCGCAAUCCUCCCACAACGCUCGCGCCUGGCGCUUUUCUGUCGUCCGCCGCCGAGAAAACCCGCCGACUCCUCAUCAGCGCCGUCAGCUCCAGCGACCGCCUCCCACCUCUCACCGUCAAACUGCUCCACGGCCGCCUCCUCCGGCUCGGCCUCCUCGCCGACCUUUACACGUUCCUCCUUCGCGCGCUCUCCUCCUCAGGCCUCCACCUCCAUGCCCUCUACCUAUACUCCCUCUUUCCCGACCCCUCCCACCUGGCCUUGCCGGUUGCCCUCAAGUCCGCCUCCCGCCUCCCCAACCCUCUCAAAGCCGGCGAGCAGCUGCACGCCCGCUCCCUCAAGCUCCCUUCCCACUCCAACCCCCACAUUCUCACGUCCCUGCUAAAACUUUACGCCAAAUGUGGGCUUUUGCAGCACGCACGGAGCGUGUUCGAAGAAAUGCCCUGCCCCUGCACAAUCUCUUGGACCGCGCUCAUCACCGCGUAUAUGGACGUGGGGUGUGCCAAGGAGGCCGUUGCCAUUGCGAGGGAUGUGUUGGCGAGUGGAAUGCGUCCGGACAGCUUCAUGGCUGCGCGGGUCCUGACUGCGUGCGCCCGGGUCGAGGAUUUGGGCACCGGGGAGGCAGUGUGGAGGACUGCAGAGCGGGAGGGGGUCGCGAGCAGUGUGUUUGUGGCAACUGCAGCGGUGGAUUUGUAUGUCAAGUGCGGUGAGAUGGCCAAGGCGAGGGAGGUGUUUGAAAGGAUGCCGGAGAAGGAUGUAGUGGCUUGGGGUGCUAUGGUUAGCGGAUACUCUUCCAACGGGCAUCCGCAAGAGGCUCUCCAGCUCUUCUUUGCAAUGCCAGCUCAGGGAGUGGUACCAAAUUGCGAGACAGUUGCUGUUGCACUCUCAGCGUGCACGCAGUUGGGUGCAUUUGAUCUGGCACGGCAGGUUGUUGCUGUGGUGGACUGGGAUCAGCUUCUUGACAACCCAGUUCUAGGGACUGCGUUGAUCAAAAUGUACUCCAAGUUUGGGAGCACGGGUGAGGCAUGGUUCGUGUUCCAGCAGAUGAGAAAGAGGGGCAUUACUGUUUGGAACGCAAUGCUUUUGGGGCUAAGCAUGACUGGACAUGAUAAGUCUGUGUUUGCCCUUGUCGGCCAGAUGGAGAAGUCGGGCAUGGAAUUGAAUGGCAGGACUUUCAUGAGCCUUCUCUACAGCUGUACUCAUACCGGCCUUGUACAGGAUGGACGGCGCUGCUUCCAUAACAUGACACAGUUAUACCGCAUUGCUCCUAGGAUUGAGCACUACGGUUGUAUGGUCGACCUUCUCAGUCACGCUGGGUUGCUCAAGGAGGCUCAUCAGCUUAUUAAUGAAAUGCCAAUGCAGGCAAAUGUUGCCGUCUGGGGUGCACUUCUCGGUGGCUGCAAGAUUCACCGAGACCCCGAGCUUGCAGAACAUGCCUUGAAACAGCUCAUCCUGCUAGAGCCCUGGAACUCUGGGAACUAUGCCAUGCUCUCCAACAUAUACUCUAACAGCGGCAGAUGGAAGGAUGCUGCAAAGCUUAGAUUGCACAUGGAGGCGAUAGGGGUCAAGGAGGUCACCGGAUAUAGCUGGGUUGACUUUGAUGGUGAGGUCCACAAGUUCCAUGUUGCAGAUAACUGGCAUCCCCUCAUGGAUCAAAUAUACAAAAAGCUAGAUGAAUUAGGCAUGGAAAUCAAAGCCAUGGGUCACAAACCAACUACUGAUGUGAUGAUGUUUGACGUUAAAAAUGAGAAGGAGCACACUCUAGUUCAUCACAGCGAGAAACUUGCCAUUGCAUUUUGCCUUCUCACCACCAGACCAGGCGAGUCCAUUAGGGUCAUCAAGAACACCAGGGUUUGCACCGACUGUCACACUGAUAUUAAAUUUAUAUCGAGGAUAACUCAUCGGGAGAUCAUUGUUCAGGAUAACAGCAGAUUUCAUUGUUUCAGAGAUGCCUGCUGUUCUUGCAAUGACUACUGGUAGAAGUAGAAAUAUGUUGUCCGGUUACAAAAGAUUAGCAGCAUACUUUUUAACUUGUAAACUAGAGGUAGCUAGAUUUUCAGUUACACAAAAGUUUGACAUAUUGAGGUUUUCUUUUACUCAAUUGUUUCGGCUAUAAGUAACCUGAAGCCUGAAGGUGCUGGUUUGUUUACGGCUGCAAUUCAUCGCACACAUAAAUUAAAAUUUCUCAAGGCUGCUGAA